UUUAGUUAGUAAGAUGGAGGGUGUUUGGCGGCAUGCUCAAAACACACGGAGGAUGGACUCGGCCCGUAGUGGAAGUAUCUGUAGACGUUUCAUAAAUGGCUCUUGCAGAUUUGGUCACAGGUGUAAUUAUCGACAUGAAUGGCCAGUUUUACCAUCAGCCCAAAUUUGUAGGUACUUUCAAAAAGGUGGAUGCUGGUAUGGUGAACGCUGCAGGUAUCUCCAUGUCCUUCAACCUGAGUUCGAUGCAGAUGUUGCAGGUAGAAGAAGUUCGGUGCCUACGGUCUCCUCCUCCAGUGUGGCUUACAAUCCAUCCAACAGAAGAGGGUCAGAGCCUGCUCUUCUGCAGGCGGAGGUGAUGUCCAGGCAGGAAUGCAGAAGAUCAGAGUUUGUGGUUAAUGUCUCAAAUCCUCAACGCAACAUUGGGCGUCUGGCAGCAAAUAUUGCUGAGGAACAAUCAGAAGAUACUGACUCUCAUCUCACUGCUUCUUGGGAAUCAGCCCAGAGCUCAGAAGUUGCUCAAGCAUAUGCAUGUGAUGGAAGAAAUGAGCAGACUUCUUCCAAUGAGACGACAGAGGACGGUGCUGCUGCUGCGGCCUCUAAUACCCAGAGGAAAGUAGAGGAAAUGGAGGCCUUCCUCCAGAGUAAAAAUGUGACCUGUGGCAUUUGCAUGGACAAGGUGUAUGAAAAGAUCGACCAGAGAAACCAUGUUUUUGGAAUCUUGCCCAACUGCAAUCACUCCUUCUGUUUACAAUGCAUCAUGACCUGGAGGAAAACAAAAGACCUCGGGCCAGACGUGGUUAAGAGCUGCCCGCAGUGCAGAGUGAGAUCUGCCUUUUAUGUGCCUAACAAAUACUGGGUUGAAGGGCAAGCAAAGGAGAGCUUAAUUGCUGCCUUCAAAGAGAAAUUCAGUAAGAAAAGCUGCAGUUACUAUACACGGUACAGAUGCUGCCCAUUUAAAACGGAGUGCCUUUACCGGCAUGACAAACAUGCACGUCGCAGGUCAUUUCGGUAUCCUACAGAAGAUGAAGACGAAUACGAUGGUGUAGAUCUGCUUAAUCUCUUCAUAGCCAUGACCCUUCUCGGUGGUGACGAUGACGACGAUGAAGAUGACUUUGACUUUCCUUUUUACCUAUCUGAGGAGUACGGUUUCUGAGCUUUUUCAUUGUCUCUCUUUUUUGUUUUUUUUGUCAGUGCCUGAAACCACUGACUGAGGUCUUGACUAUAAAAUUGAGCCCAGAAGAACACAUGGCUAUGUCUCGACCCUUCUGUCCUCGUUGGAUCAGUAUUGCUACAUUUUAAGUAGCCACAAUCGAGAUGAGGGAUAUCAACCAUGCACCAUGGAGAGCAUUCAGAGAUUGUUAGUGUGCGAUAGCGAGAGGAACUAAUCUGUGACAUCACCUGCUACAGUCUGUCUGGAGAAUGUGUUACACUUGGCUCUCCACGGCACAUGGCUUGUUGCCCCCUGCUCUAGAUGUGAGCACCCCCUGUUGGGGACAAAUCUUGAAUCUCUAAUGAUAUUAUGGUUAAUCUGUGGCCUUGUACUUUGCAUUUGUCUCACCCUCCUGUGGCCGUUGUGCUUCAAACUCGUUGCAGAUUGUUAAUUUUCCCUGAUCCUCUACUGAUUAAUAGGAGUGCUCAAUUCUGACUUGUACAUGCAAUUUGCACCAUUUUGAUAUUUUAAAGUGUUUUGUGGAUAGUAGUUUUAAUUGUCUAUUGAUGAAAAGUAUACUGUACCCUUUCUUGGAUGUCCCCUACUGAAUACUUGCCACAAGUGAUAGUCAUGACAGCCUUUUUCCUAGUUUUGGCAAGAACGUAAAAUGUUAAGAUUUUAUUUCUUUUAAACAAGUUGUACUUGUACACAGAAAAUAAAACAUUGCUUCACACUUUGUCUCACUAAAAA